CUCUGACGACCGCGCCCGAUGCACGUUCGGGGCCCACAGUCCGCGGGACGCCAUGGACCACCUAUGCGGCCCUCUUACUGGCUGACGCGUACCGGAACGCCGCGCUGGGACGCAAUGCAUGCCGACAACGUCGAUCGGCGCGACGAAAACACGCAACACACCAUUGUCCCGGGCGACUCCGUCCUUCGCGGGCAUGCCCCGUGGCUGCCCAUCUGCGCGGGACCAGCUGCCGCUCGCCGGAAAACGAUACGUGGUUACAUUGUCGAACAGGGUGAGCCGCCAGCCUGAGUCAUUACUGACCACCGACUCCGCGAGCAAAGCCCCACGACGCUACAUUGCGCGCAUCGCCGGCGUGUCCAUGGAAUGCGCUGCUCCCCGUCUCGCGCGCCGCCGGAACGCGAUAUAUGGUGUCGUCGUCAAACGGGCACUGUACCAUCCGCUCAGCCACGAGCAGAGCAGCGCAGGUCGAAGACGUACCACUCCUCAACGCGCCAGACGAGUAGGGUGCAUUCUGCACGGCCCCGCAAAACACUCCCGCCGAGAGUCGGCUUCCCCACCAGUCACCCGGACGCCUUCCGAGGGCGCUCGCCAGAACGCGAUCUGCGUCAGCUGAGCACAGCCUGCGGCGGCAUGUGCUCAUCCUGGACCUGCCAACGCGGCAGACGAAUAGGGUGCCGGACCGCGUCGCGGAUAGUGGUAGUCGGCAAUGCUCUCCUCCGCCGCUCGCCGACUCGCUGCCGGAUCGUCCAUGGGGCCGCUCGCCGGGGCGCGACGCAUCGAACGGACACUGUAGCACCGGCUCAGCAGCGCGGAGACGAGGACAAGUGGAAGACGCACCGCCUGCACAAGAGCCUCCAACGCGGCAGACGAGCAGGGUGCAAGCUGUCCUGCACGAAGGCAUCGUGAGGCGCGUCCUGCGGGACCACGGCACGGCCCUCGUCGGAAGACGAUGCAUAGCGACUUUGUCGAUCGCGCACGACGAGUGGGGCGCCGGAUUCUGUCCUGCGUUUCUCGUGGGCAGGCUCUUUUCUGCG